UCUUAGAGGCUCAAAGAGAGAAAAGGAGACAGGGCAGAAUGCAUAGAGAAAAGGGGACACCACAGAGAAUGGGGAGGGAAACCGUGAGAUGGGUCUAGUAGAGAUGCACAGAGAAGGCUACAAUUAGAGAGUGGAGCACCGAGAAUGGGGUGCAAUCUGGGAGGAAGAUGAACACAGACGGUGGAAAAGGCUAAAAAGACAGAAAAACCACAGAAGCGUCUCGGGAAGCGAAGAGGAGGAUGGGAGGGGCAGGGGUCCAGGCUACGAGGGAAUGAGGCACGUGGAGAAAGAGGUUCCGAAAAUCAGCAGGAUGAACAGGCAGAGAGAGAGAGGCUCUCAGAGACGGAAAAUGUCAGAGUUAGGAAAAUCAGCACCAGCGCGGACGAUAAGAGACACAAGGAAUGGGGCUCAGCGUGAGAAGGUGGGACCCAGGAAGGAAACAGGGAUAUCACAGCACAGGGAACAUAAAAGGAGAAAGGUAGAUCGGGAGUUGGGCAGCGGGAGAGAAGUGCGAAAGCACGGGCAUGCACACAGCAAAGAGUAACCGCCCGCGCAGAGUCGAAGACAAACGCUCAAGAGGCGCCGUCCCUGCAGUGCUGGCCGGAGGGCGAGACUGCGCGUGCGCGGGAGGGCGGGCCGGGCAGCCGUUCCUGGGGGGGCAGGGCCAGCCUCGUCCUGGAAGCGUUACUCGACGCCCCAUUGGCCACCUCCCCAAAAAGGGAAAGAACAGUCUGGGAAGGCAAAUCACACAAGGAGGGAGAAGUGUCGCGAGACUCAACUCGACGCUCUAUUGGCUGGCCUGAUAGUCUGGCGCGAGGAGAAGCGGGCCGGAGGUAAAGGGGCGGGCCGUCAGUGAAGGAUCUUGAAGCGCACUGGUCGCUCGCCUCGGCGGCAGAAAGCGCCGCUUGAAGCUCAUUGGUCCUUGUAAGAAGGGGCGGGAAAAGUGGCGCGAGCGAGGCCAUUCCUCACCCCACUGCCCCACCACCUUCUUUCGCCUCAUCCUGAGUCUGACUUCGCUCGAGGCUGUGGUAACCGCGGCUGACGACGCGAACGCGACCCCGCCCCUCCCGUCUCUUCCCCUCCCUGUCUUGCGCUGGACUCCCUGCCCCAGACAACGGUCGCCUCCCCACUAACGGUCCUCGCGGCCCCUUCGCCCAUCCCCCACCGAGGCCCCAGGGCGCGCUCCCCGAGCCCCGAGCCCUCCCUGGGACCCUGGAGCAGGGCGAGGCCGCGGGGACAGCUGCAGAAGGGGGUGCACGCGAGGAACAGAUGCAUGGGGAGGUGUGGCGGGCGCGGUUCGAGGCUGCUUGUUGGGAAUGGGCGAAGGCGCGUAAAGGCCGGGCGCAGCGACGGCGCGGGAUUGCCUUAGUUUGGAAGGCGUGUGGGUGUAAGAGAGGAAUUUGGGCCGUGGGGAGGGGGCUUUGGGCCUCGAUCAGGGCCUGGCACAUGGAAGGGGCUCAGUAAACCUUUGCUGAAGGAAUGAAAAUAAUUCUUGAAAGUAAGGCAAGGGAUCCAUGAGAAAGAUGUAGUUACUGAGGUGCAAGGGAGCGGUCUGAUUAAAAGGGCUGCGGGGGAGAAAUUGAAUUGCAGGGCAUACGUGAGGCUAAGAAUUGAAAGGGGAGCAUAAACGUUAUGUGUGGGAAUUGGAUAAAUGCAGGAGGGAGGAAUGAUAAUUGUUGAAGAGAAUGCCGGGGAAACUGUGGGAAUGGGGUGUUGGUGGAAGGCGGGUGUAAGAACUGCUGCAGAGGGCGUGAGACUGCGCGAGUAUGCCCCAAACUGGGAUUUCUGCCUGGAAAGGAACAUGUGAGCGGAGAAUAAUGUUUGGAUCGAAAGAUACACAAGAAAGGAAAGAGAGAGGUUCUUGGGAAAGAUGAUGCCUGAGGAAAGUGAAGAAGGAGAAAGCCAGGGGAGACUCAAGGGUGACAGCUGAGUCCAGGAGUGGGCGAAAUGGAAAAAUGCUUCAGGCGUGGCCUCCCAGAGGCAAGAGGGCUGGUCAGGAGAGGGCCCACGUGUCCACCCUGACCCCCCACUCCUGCCCCUAGAUACAUGGAACCCAAUGAAAUGCCUGCUGUCCACCACUGCCCCUCAGACUCUGCCACAGGGGGUGAGACUAGAGCCCCCCAGGGCGGGGAGCUCGUCCCCAGGAGAGUUGUCAGUCGCUCUCCAACGUGCGCCCGCUGCCGCAGUCACGGUGUCACUGCCCACCUCAAGGGCCACAAGCGCCUCUGCCUCUUUCAGGCUUGCAAGUGUCACAAAUGUGUCCUCGUCUUGGAGCGCCGAAGAGUCAUGGCUGCCCAGGUGGCCCAGCGUAGGCAGGAGGAGGCGCAGCUGAAGCGGCACCUGGCUCGGGGGCAGAUGAGGAAAGGGGCGGCUCCUCCCAAAGCUCCCGGCAGUGUCAAGAAGGGAGUCACUCAACCAAGGCUCCACCCUGCAAAGGAGAACAUAGCACCCCAGCCUCAGACUCCCCAUAGGGCAGUCCCACUGGCACUGACACCCCCAGAGAAGGAGAACUCCCAGGGGCCUCUGCUGCUCAGCUGUCCCCCAGAAGCCUUGCCUUUGCCCCGGACUCCAGUGCCUCCAGGCCCUUUGGCCACUGGACACUGGCUGCCUCCAGGCCUUUCCGUACCAACCCCAGUGGUGUGCCGCUUGCUAUGCCAAGAACCUGCUGUCCCUCUGCAUCCUUUCCCUGGCUUUGACCGUGGCACUGCCCUCUGGCUGCCCACUCAUGGGCCCCUCCCAGCCUGCUCAGGAUCUCGCCCAAUACUGAUGGCUCCUCUUUCUGGAGAAUCCCAAGGGCCCUCUACCCUGCCCCACACAUGCUCGACUCUGAAACUUCAGCCCUGUGGCACCCCAGACCCACUUCUGCUGCAGCCACAGGUCCUGGGGAAGAACUGGGACCCAGGACCCUGGGAGGAAGUUGAGCUUGGGGAAGGGAAGAGUAGGGGAUAAUGAAGUAACCAGGGGCAGAGGGAGCACCUGGAGGGUGGGCAGAAGUGGGGAUUCCCAGUCUGCUUCUCUCUCUUUCCUUUGCAGGCCCCCAGAGCCUCUCGCCUGGACUGGACCUCUGACCCCUCAGAGUGGCAGCUGCAGUGGGAGGCAGCCGAGGCUCUUAUGGGACUGAAAGAUUCGUUUCAGGCUCCCCGCCUGACCCCUUCUGGUCCUUCCAACCAUGCCUGGAUUUCCCUGCGCCACCCCUGUGGCCCACCAGCUCCUGCUGAAGAAGGAGGAUUCCAGCCUGUUGUCCCCUCUCUCUGACCCAGUCCAGCCCCCUCCGUGGCUCUACAUAUUGGGCAUCUGGGAUCCAUCUCCCUCCUGAGCUAGAAGCCCAGAGGUGGAGGCCUCACUGGGGUAGGGGGGCAACAGCCUGCAGGCAUUGCAUAUUUGGUAUUUUACUUACAGAUUUAUGCAUGGAAUUUAAUGUAGCACAAGCUUCAGGCUUGUUUUAAAGCUUUCAGGUGCUUUGUUAGCUUUUGGCUCCUUUUGUAGCAUGGCCAUUUCCUUGGCUGAAGGGGGAUAUUCUUUUACCUUCCUCGGAUCCUGGGACCUUUUAAAAUCCCCAACAAAGAGAAAGUUGUGCAGUUUAAGUUAACCAGUAUCUAAAUAGAUUUUUGCAUGAGUUCAUGUUCCAGGGUAUUUAUUUGACGUGUGAUUCUGUAUAUACCUGUGCACUCAUGUCUGUCUCCAUGCAUGUGAAAACAGGAGAGAAUUUUCAUUUUGUGUCUAGGUUUGUGUGAGUAAGCAAAAAAUAAACCUGUAUUGUUUUA